UCACAACUGCUGAGGAACAGCUGUGUCAAACAAAAAAUAUACAAUUCAGGGUGGACAUGCAGUCAAGGAUUACUUCCCUCAUCCUUUUGUAGAACAGAUUGGACUAUUCAACAGCUGGGGCAAGGAAUCGACAAGAAGCCUCACUUUCUUGUUUGUUGGAUAUCACUCUUGGUGUUCUGUAUCAAAGAUUUCAAAAAAGGAAGGCUGUGAAACAACACGAGACAAAAAUGACGCGGUCAAGAGAAGCUAAAUUUUUUCAGUUAAGAGCUCUUUUCUGCCUGCUGAGUAUCACCGGGUUUGCUGUUCCUGUCACAGCUUACACACUGAAGAGGUGCCGAAUAAGUCGCAAUAAGGCCAUAUGUACAGAAAGUCAUUUAACAAAUAUUCCGCAGGACAUUCCAGCCAGAGUGAUAGGUUUUGACUUGUCCAAAAACAGAAUUUCAAAGAUAAAAGUAUCAGACUUCAAAGAUCUAAAAAAUUUGAAAACUUUAUACUUGAUAAAGAACAACAUUUCUGUGAUAGAUAAAGGUGCUUUCACCCAUCUGAUUGCCCUGCAGGUGCUGAAUCUAAAUACUAAUUCUCUUACUGAAGUGGAAGAUAAUCUCUUUGAUGGUUUGAGCAACCUCACAGAGCUACGCCUGGCUAAAAAUCACAUCCAAGCAGUAGCACCGUCCGCAUUUCAGUCCCUGACCAACCUCAAUUUUCUGGACUUAGGUAACAACAAGCUGCAUUCCUUAACACAAGUUAAGUCUAUCUUACAUUAUUUGCCACAUCUACAAUAUCUGUGGAUUGGAGGAAACAAUUUUUCCACUUUUCAGUCAUCUGACUUUUCAAGCAAAUCAACAAAACUCCGCGAGCUUGAUUUGUCUGGUAAUUCUAAUCUGAAGGUCUUUAACCUCACCACAGAUAUCUUCCCCAACCUCACUAGUUUAAACCUCGGCCACUGUGGCAAAACAAAUUCCAUGAUCUGGGAGGUGCACAAUAAGACUUUCCUUGGAAGAGUGUCCAAUCUUGAUAUUAGUGGGCUUAACAUGUCGUUGGAGGGAAUGAAAACAUUGCUGGAGAGCCUGAACUCCUCGCUAAUUUCUCUGAGGAUGAGUGCAAUGCGAAGAAAUGUCCAAGCGCUUAUCAACAUUUCCUGCGGAAUUCCCUCGCUGUCCAAACUGGAACUCAGAUCUAAUGGCUUCAAGGCUGUCACUCAAAAUUUGUUUCACUUGUGUGUCAGUGUGUCUGAGUUAGACUUGGCAAGUAAUCAGAUACGAUGUCGCUCUGAUAACUGCUUCAGAUCUCUUCGACAAUUGAGGAUACUGAAUCUGAAAAGUAACAGGCUUUCAUCUGUUCCAUUUGCCACAAGGAAUCUACCCACCCUUGAAGAACUGGAUCUCAGCUUUAAUGAGAUCAGUGCACUUGGUUGCCAAGAUUUUGCCAAUCUAACAACGCUCAGAAAGCUCAGUAUUCGUCAAAAUAUGAUCUCAUCUCUAAAAGAUUGUGCUUUCAAGGAUUUACGCCAAUUGCAGGUCCUACGGCUGAAUAACAACUACAUUUCCAACUUGAAUGGUGCUUUCAAAAAUUACUUGCCAAAUCUUAUAAGCCUGACUUUAAACAAAAAUCGCCUCACUAUCAUCAGAAAGGGGACCUUCGCAAGCCUACAGUCACUACAGAAUUUGUCAUUACAUGAAAAUCAAAUAAAUCGCCUUGAACCUGGGUCUUUCAUUGGAUUGACCAAUCUAACGAUCAUUCAGCUGCAGUCUAAUAACCUUACUAGGUCUCAAAUAAAUAUAAGUGUUUUUGGUGCUCUAAAAAAUUUAAAGACGCUACAUUUGAUGGAAAAUCACAUUAAAUAUGACACAGAGGAUAAAAUAGUCGAUCCCCCAUUUUCUCAGCUGUCUAAACUGGAGACAUUGCUUAUUUUUGCACAACACUACAGACUUAAAUCUCAUCUACCACAAAACCUACUGCAAGGCUUGACAAAUUUAUUAGUAUUUCGUACCAGGAAUAUUGAGAUUCUAUCUUUGCACCCAGACACAUUUAAUUACACACCACUGCUAAAAGAACUUGACAUUAGCUCAAACGAACUUACAGAUAUCCCUGCACAAUUGUUUUCUCAGAUUAAAAAUCUUGAAAAACUCUACGUGUCUAGGACAAACCUUCGCUCUCUAGAUUUCCUCGUAAAUGCCAACCUUACCAAGCUACGGUUCUUGCAGGUGAGAAAGAAUGCGUUUUCAGUGAUCAGUGAGGAGCAAUUGCAGUCUCUCCCGGCUCUGGAUUAUCUGGACAUGCAGGGCAACAGUUUCACCUGUAACUGUGAUAACGCCUGGUUCCUCCAGUGGGUGAAAAACAACAACCAAACUCAAGUUUAUGAUGCCUAUAACUUUGAGUGUAACUAUCCCCAUGCCCUAAAAGGUAUGAAGCUGUUGAAUAUUGAUUUCCACACCUGUUCAGUGGAUAUUGGCUUCAUCUGCUUUAUGUCCACCUCAUGCACGGUUAUCCUGUUUCUGUUGGCAUUCUUUACAUACCAUUUCCUAAGAUGGCAGCUCGUCUAUGCCUAUUACCUCCUCCUGGCUUCUCUCUUUGACAAAAAGCAGAGGAAUAAGCAAACUUCUCAUCAGUAUGAUGCCUUUGUCUCCUACAACAUCCAUGAUGAGCCCUGGGUCCUCAGAGAACUGUUGCCAAAGCUGGAGGGCGAACAGGGCUGGAGACUGUGCCUGCACCAUCGAGACUUUCAGCCAGGGAAACCCAUCCUGGACAACAUCACCGAUGCCAUCUAUCAGAGCAGAAAGACCCUCUGUGUGAUCAGUCGGCGGUACCUUGAGAGCGAAUGGUGCUCCAGAGAGAUUCAGGUGGCCAGCUUCCGUCUGUUCGAUGAGCGGAAGGACGUGCUGAUCCUGGUGUUUCUGGAGGAGAUCCCUGGCUGGCAGCUGACCCCUUACCACCGCAUCAGGAGGCUGCUGAGGAGACGGACCUACCUGAGCUGGUCCCGUGCCGAGGAGCACCGCGGACUGUUUUGGGAGAAACUUCGACAGGCUCUGGAGACCAAAGAGGAUCCAGUGCUGCAAAGCAAAAGCCGGAGACACCAGAGGGACCAUGGUAUCUUUGCAGAGAGCUGA